UGGUUCCCAUACUUAGGCAGCCUGUUUUCCACCUGAGUUUGUGGGAUCUUGUUUUCUGUUUAGUGUCGGUGCCUGAUAGAACUGUUCGCUUUGUUGCUGUAGUUAUUUGCUGUAGUUAUUUUUGUUUUAGUGUUUCUUGAAUGAACUAAUCAUGACCACUUACCACGCUGCGCCUUGGUCUACUUCUAACAUCAACAAGAGCUGUUACAGGAAGAGAAAACCUCACUGCAAAAUAGUGUGGGGAGGAGCAUUUCAACGUCACUAUGCUGAACUGAAACUAAAGUGGAGAGAGAUAUUGUAUGUUGUGUAUGGGAGCAAACUCUCUCAACCUCGUCAGAAAUCUCUGUUAAACAACUUCACAGUCUCCAGGCUUGAUUUGAUAUCACAAAUAGAAAGAACAGAGACGGCACUCAUACAAAUAUGGCCACCUCCAGCAGUCUCCUGUCUGAAGAGCAGUUCCUGUGCUCUAUCUGUCUGGAUGUGUUCACUGAGCCGGUCACCACUCCAUGUGGACACAACUUCUGCAAGGCCUGUAUCAGACAGUACUGGGAUAGCAAUGACCUGUGCCAGUGUCCAAUGUGCAAGGAGAAAUUCUACAGGAUGCCCGAGCUUCGCAUCAACACUUUCAUUUCUGAGAUGGCUGCUGAGUUCAGGAAGUCAGUUCAAGCUAAAGCUACCAGAAGCCCAGACCAACACCAAGCCAAAGCCCAAGAAGUCCCUUGUGACAUCUGCAUUGGGACAAAGCUCAAGGCCCUGAAGUCCUGCCUGGUGUGUCAGACCUCUUACUGUGAGACUCAUCUGGAGCCUCAUCAGAGAGUCCCAGCCUUAAAGAGACACGAGCUGAUCGACCCUGUGGAGAACCUGGAAGACAGGAUGUGUAAGAAGCACGGCAGACCUCUAGAGUUGUUCUGUAGGAGGGACCAGACAUGUCUUUGUGUCUUCUGCUUGAAAACAGACCACAUGACUCAUGACACUGUCCCGCUAGAGGAAGAGUAUGGAGAGAGGAAGGCUCAGUUGGGGAAGACCAAGGCAGAAGUGCAGCAGAUGAUCCAGGAGAGACUGCAGAAGGUUCAGGAGAUCAAACACUCAGUAGAUCUCAGCAAGAGAGAGGCAGAGAGAGAGAUAUCAGACAGUGUACAGGUCUUCACUGCUCUGGUGCGCUCCAUUGAGAGAAGCCAGGCUGAGCUCAUUGAGGUGAUUGAGGAGAAGCAGAAAGCAACAGAGACGCAGGCUGAAGGGCUCAUUAAAGAGCUGGAGCAGGAAAUCACUGAGCUAAAGAGGAGAAGCACUGAGCUGGAGCAGCUCUCACACACUGAGGACCACCUCCACCUCCUCCAGAGUUUCCCAUCCCUGUGCACCCCCCUACCCAUCAAUGACUGGUCUGAGAUCAGUGUUAAUAGUCAUCUGUGUGUGGGGACUGUGAUGAGAGCUGUGUCUCAGCUGGAGGAGACACUGAAUAAACAGAUGGAGAAGCUGCCUGAAGUCAAACUGAAGAGGAUACAGCAGUAUGCAGUGGAUGUGACUCUGGACCCUGAUACAGCACAUCCCUCUGUCAUCGUGUCUGAGGAUGGGAAACAACUGAGGUAUGAAGACACAAUAAAUAAUCUUCCUGGCAACACAAAGAGGUUUGCUAGAUCUGCCUGUGUCCUUGGUAAGGAGGGCUUCUCUUUAGGUAUAUUUUACUAUGAGGUGAUGGUUAAGGGAAAGACUAAGUGGACUUUAGGAGUGGCCAGAGAGUCUGUCAACAGGAAGGGGGUGAUAACACUGACCCCUAAGAAUGGAUACUGGACUGUGUGGCUGAGGAAUGGAGAGUACAAGGCUCUAGCUGGCCCUGCUGUCCCCCUUUCCCUGAGAGAGAAGCCCCAGAAGGUGGGGGUGUUUGUUGAUUAUGAGGAGGGUCAGGUCUCCUUUUAUAAUGUGGAGGCCAGGUCUCAUAUCUACUCUUUCACUGGCUGCACCUUCACUGAGAAACUCUAUCCAUACUUGAGCCCCUGUUUGAAUGAUGAUGGUAAAAACUCUGCCCCUCUAAUCAUCACUCCUGUCAAUCACACAGAAUGAUUAACAAGUCUAUGAGAUUGUCACAGUAUCCACAGAAGGUGGCGCCCCUCCUCAGUCGGGCGGCGCUCGGCGGUCGUCGUCGCCGGCCUACUAGCUGCCACCGAUCUAUGUUUCUGUGUCGUUUGGUUUUGUCUGUCUAGGUCUGCACCUGUUCCUUGUUUGUAAUUAGUGUGGGGGUAUUUAGUUUGUCCUUUUUGUUCAGGUAUUCGUGCGGGAUUGUUUUGCGUCUGUUGAAAGGGUUUUUGUAUUUCACGCCGCCCGUUUUUGUGGAGCCGUUUGUUUAUUGUUGCCGGGUUGCGCCCCGUGCGCUUUAUUGUUUUGGAGCUGUGCUCCUGUCGGGUGUGUAGGCUCACUCAGCUUACGUCUGCAUCUUCCCACCUGAAGGUGUUGAUAAACAUCUUUGUUUUUGGGACCUCCGUCUCCUGCCUUUGACUCUGACCCUUUCCGCUACCUGAUAGUCGUGACAGAGAUGCAUUGUUGGAAAGGGAGCUAUUUUUCGUAACAAAUCAUACAAAUCAGUAGCCUACAUUAAGUCAAGUCACAUGAAAAAGUUCAUUAUUUAACUUUUCAUGUAUAUUCUUGCAAUCUUACAAUCAAAUAACACGCUCUCAAACCCUCUCUACCUCUUUGUCCCUCUAUUACACUGUCAGUGAUCUGUAACAGUGUUUAGCAAGAAUUGAUGUCAAUGACUGAAAUAUAAAUGUGUUGCCUUGAAAAUGUUUGCUGGGCCAAAACAAUCUAUCUUUACUGCUAAUAAAGAUGUUCACGACA